UGCACACACACACACAGCAGGGGGGUUGCAGCCACAGGCAGUCCCCACUGGUGUCCUCCCACGUGGUGACACCCCACUGCUGCCCCUCAACACCCUCCUGGGAAGCCUGAAGGAAAGAAAGGGAAUUGGGUUUUAGUGGAAAAAUAGGGAGAAGACUGUGCUCUGCAGGCACGCUCUGAGAUGGACAAGUACCUCUCCAGCGAGGUGCCCCCCAUCCCGAUGCUGCCGGACAAGAAGUACCGUCGGGAGAGCGCCUCGGUGGUGGACGAGUUCUUCUCCACGGAGAAGCCCAGCUCCACCCCCUACAGCGUCAACAUCAACGUCAUCCUGCCGGACACGACCCACCUGCGCACGGGGCUCUACCGGCCCCCCAAACCCAUGGCACCCUUCCCACAGAUCAAAACCGAGCCCGGCACCGGCUUCGCCCAGCCCUGCUCGUCGGCGCCCGGCCCCACGCAGACCCUGCCCGACUUCACCAGCGUGUUCAGCAUGCCCCAGUCGGUGGCGGUCAACAACAUCUUCAUCAAGCAGGAGAUGCCCUCGGAGGUCCCCUUGUCUGCCCCCCCCCAGCCCUCCCAGCUCUACCAGCUGCCCCUGGGCGGCAGCGCCGACGUCCCUGCCCUGACGUCCUCGGGCAGCACCACCACGGCCGUCAGCUGCCUCGGCGGGGUCACCAUGGCCACGGGCAGCACCAUGGCCAGCGUGGGCCACAGGCCCGUCCCGCCGGCGGGCCCGCUGAAGCAGUACCCACACGUGUCCCAGGGACAGGGCAGCUUCAACAUCUCCGGGCAGUUCUACCCUGCCCCGGGGGUCACCCUGCCCCCCUCGCCCCCCAACUCGCAGCCGGGCAGCCCAGAGAACCAGCCCGAGCUCAUCAACACCAUCUCCCCCCCGCCGUCCUACGAGGCCACUUUUGGACUGAAGCUGGUCCAGUCAUCCCAGGUGCCCCCGGUCCCCAAUGGCGUCGGGACCCUCUCCCAGGGGCACAUUGUCAUGCAGCCCCCCAAGUACAACCGACGCAACAACCCUGAGCUGGAGAAGAGGAGGAUCCACCACUGUGACUACCCAGGUUGCUCCAAAGUUUAUACCAAGAGCUCCCACCUGAAGGCACAUCAGAGGACUCACACAGGUGAGAAGCCCUACAAGUGCACCUGGGAGGGCUGUGACUGGCGCUUCGCCCGCUCCGACGAGCUCACCCGGCACUAUCGGAAGCACACGGGGGCCAAGCCCUUCAAGUGCCUCGCCUGCGGCCGCUGCUUCUCCCGCUCCGACCACCUGGCCCUGCACAUGAAGAGGCACCAGAACUAGGAGCUGCCUCCUUCCCACACUUCUCCAAGAGCAGCUGGAACUCUUUCCUCCUCCGAGGGGCCUCCCCUCGUGCUGUACAUAGGAACAAACCCACGCUGUGAUCAACUGGCAGGGCAGGGAUGGCAGGUGAACCCCCUGCCAGGCCUGUCCCCGACUCUUUCUGGUUUUAAAAGAAAUUAAAACCCCAACCGGCUCGUUUACAAUGAGUUCUAAUUACAGACUGAUCUCCUGACGAGGCUCCCGGUGCCACUGGGCUGACAGACCUUGGAUUCCAAAGGGCUUUCUUCUGGCAAACCUGCUAUUUAUUUGUCACUCAGGAGCAACUGUCCUUCGUGCCUCAAGUUCUUUGGGAUGGUUUUUUUACCCCUUCCAGGGUGGUACCUUUGGUGAGGCCCAGGAGGGAUGCGACGGGUCAGCAGCUUGGACCCUCUUGGACUGCCCCAUGGCAUGGCCAUGGAUGUGACACCUUCUCCCAUGGCAUGGCCAUGGAUGUGACAC